AGACUGCAUGACAUGGCGAUCUCCAAUUUUCAAAUAGUUUGCGCCGUAGCUGUGGUUGCAAUUGCUUCUUUCAUCAAUUUACCUGCUCCAAAUUUCUCGCAGAGGCUAAAGGAAUGGCGGAAAAUGGGACAGUACUUUAAUUAUGAGGGGAACGCGAUAUUUUAUCAAGAUUUUAGAGGUUAUAAGAAAGAUGACGAUAUUGUGGUUCUCUGCAUUCAUGGAUUUCCUACCAGUAAUUAUGACUGGUCAAAGGUUUGGGAAAAACUGAAAAGAAAUUUUGGAAGAGUCAUUGCAGCAGAUAUGCUUGGUUUAGGAUUCAGUGAUAAACCUCGCGACAGAGAAUACACUGUAAUGGAGCAAGCCACAUUACAAGAGGCAUUUCUAGAAUAUCUUGGAAUUGCCAAAGUUCACAUUUUAGCCCAUGACUUGGGAGAUACAGUGGCUCUUGAGAUGUUAGCAAGAUAUGAGGAAAGGAAAAAGAAAGGGUUGGAUCCAACAGAGUAUGUCAAAAUAGAAUCCCUUUGUUUAACUAAUGGAGGUAUAUUUCCUGACACAAACUUCCCUAAAGUAAUUCAGAAGUUGGGGUCAAAUCCAUGGUUUGGACCUCUCAUUUCAAGACUAACAAGCUACCCAAUCUUUGCAAGAAGUCUUGCCUCAGUGUUUGGUCCGGGCACACGGCCUCCUAGAGAAGAGCUAGAAGAUUUCUGGACCAUCAUGAGACACAAAGAUGGUUACCUUGUAGUACCCAGCAUUCUUCAGUACAUAAAUCAGAGGAAGGAAAACAGAGCAAGAUGGGUUGGUAUCAUGCAAACCACAACAGUGCCAGUGCAUUUUAUUUAUGGACCUGCAGAUCCAAUCAAUCCUCCUCAAACACUUGUCAAAUACAGGGAACUUGUUGUUAAAGGGACAUUUUCAACAAUGUCGAAGAAUAUUGGACAUUACCCACACUGGGAAGAUCCAGAUGGAUUCAUGGCAGCAUAUGAACACUUUCUAGUCAGGGUUAUUUCAGAAGAGUAAUCUUGAGUGUUUUAAGCUAAUAUUAAUAGCAGUAAUAUUUGAAUUUUUAGCAAAUGUUUUUUACAAGCUUACACAUGUGUUAUAUUGUAGGAAAUGAAAUAAUCUUGAAUUUUAAGUGUCAUAUAUUUUUACCUGAAACAAAAUUCUUAAUGAUUAUAAAAAAAUUUUUGGAUCAAUAUCAGUAUCUGGGCAACUGCCCACCCACCCCUCCCCUAACUCAACAACAGUCAAUUGAUAACAAGUUAGGGUUAAAAUGUUGGGUUAAGGGAGGGGUAGGUGGGCAGUUGCCCAGAUACUGAUAUUGAUCCAAAUUUUUUAUUCUGAAAAAACCCUUGAACACUCUAAUUGAUCAAAUCCAAGAUUCCCCUAUGAAGUUGCUUUACAUAAGUUUGUAUUACUUAGGGAGAAUUUUGUUAGGUUUUUUAAAUGAGGACUGCUAGAUCAGAAUGAGAAAAUAGUGAUGAUUGGCUACACAUGAAGCAGGACAGUAGAAUGAGAACAUUGUGAAAUAAUAAAUGAUGAAGACCUAGGUUAACUUCUUUGGGAAGAGUCAGUUUGCACUGUCUCAAAAUUGUUCAUAAAAUAGGCAAAGAAAUCUCCAAAGGAGUUUCCAGAAGAAUGCAAAAUAAAUUUGAAUGUUAAAAUGAAAUGAAGGAGGUGUAUUUUUCAACUUGUUAAAAAUAAGCGCAUGUCUGUGUUUUGUAAUAGAUUGUUGUUAGUUUGUUUGUAUUUGGCCUUUGUUGUUGUUUUAGUGAGGGGAUGGGAGGGGAUGUAAUGCAUGAUCAGCCAAAUGACCUCUUUGACUCUCUCUGAAAAAUGAUUUAUACUUGAAAGAGCUUUGGCCAAAGAACAUUAUCAACUCAGUAGAUAAACUCAAUUCAUCUGGUACAGAACAUAGCAUUCCAAACCUUAUAACUCCCAUGAGUGAUCAAGACAGAAUUUCUCCUUACAAUAUCAAUACAAUAUCAACCAGAUAAGUGAUGAGAUUAAAGA